AUGGUCAGAUUCAAGAACCGUUGGCUCCUCGUCGAGCUCCUCCCGGUACCCGCCCCCCUGCCAGGACGCGCGCCCGCAGGCCAACCCGAACACGAACUCACGAGCAAGCAGAUAUGGGCCGUGCUGAAGCAGAGCAUCAUCACGCACUUCGGAGACACGGGCUGGGGCGCGGUGGGGUCCUCCCUGACGAUCAAGUACUUCUCGCCGCGGACGAACUUGUGCAUCAUACGCGUCGCGCGGGAGCCGCACAAGAUCGCAUGGGCGGGUGUGGCCUUGAUGACCGCCGUCGACGGGCGCAGGUACGUUCCGCACGUCGUCCAUGUCUCCGGCACAAUAAAGCAAGCACAACUCGCCGCUAUACGCCACAACCGUGAGAUUGUAGCCCGCUACCGGGCGCGCGCGAAGCUGCCAGCUGGCUACCAGGACUCGUAUGAAGAAUACUUGCAAACGAGCGCCCAGGAAAUCGAGGCAUUGCAAGACUAG